UUUCCCCUCCCACCACUUUCACCAACACCAUUCUCAAUUGCCGGCCCUGGGCUGCUCACGAUCCUACCAAACUUUGCUCUACCAUAUCCCUCACCAUGGCUAACGAAAUGGAGGCAGCCCCCGUCCUCUCCACCCCCGAUGAUCGCAUCCUGGAAUCCACCGACCCGGUUACGUCUCAGGCACCGAGCCGCACGCUCUCCGACGAGGAGCUCUCGAUUACCUAUGACAUCGAACGCACGCUGCAAGAGAUCCGCCAGGCACGGUAUAAGCGCAUUGCGCUCCAAUUCCCAGAUGACAUGCUCCCCGAUGCUCCCCGGGUGUUCCAGCUCCUCAGCCGCGGCCUGGACGUCACCGAUGCCCCGCAACCACACAGCAGCGGGCAGAGCAGCACCGACGGUGCCGAACAGCUAGCGGACUCGGUCAGGCAGCUCAAGGCCGAUGCGAUGCCCGCACCUGCCCCGAAACUAUAUAUUUUGGCGGAUACCUCCUACGGUACAUGCUGCGUGGACGAGGUGGCCGCGGAGCAUGUGGAUGCGGACGUUGUCGUGCACUACGGCCGGUCAUGUCUGUCCCCCACAGCCCGACUGCCGGUCAUCUACGUUUUCACACAGAAGCCUCUGCCUCUCGAGCCCGUGGUUCGCGCAUUUAAGGAGACCUACCCUGACCCUGAAACCAAGGUCAUUUUGGCGGCUGAUGUGACCUACUCGAACCAUGUCCCGACCGUCUACGCGCGUCUCGUCGCGGAGGGCUAUACCAACCUGUUCGCCACGGAUAUCGUCCACAACCCUUCCUCUGCUAUUCCCAACCGCACCGUCCCGGAAUCCGUCCAAGAGACCCCGGAGUCCCUUUCUGACUGGCAACUCUUCCACAUUUCCGACCCACCCACGGCCCUACUCCUGACCCUUGCGUCUCGCGUCGCCGCCAUACAUAUCUAUCCCACCGAGGACGUGACCAAGGAGAAUGUGAAGCCGCUACCUGCGUCCACGGCGGCUGCACUGCGUCGCCGGUAUGCCAUUCUGACCUCUCUCAACACCGUGCCCAUCUUCGGCAUCCUCGUCAACACGCUGAGUGUGAAGAACUACCUGCACAUCGUGGAGCAUGUGCGGGAUCGGAUCGCGGCCGCCGGAAAGAAGAGCUACCUGUUUGUGGUGGGCAAGCUCAACGCGGCCAAGGUGGCCAACUUCAGCGAGAUCGGCGGAUGGGUGGUGAUCGGAUGCUGGGAAAGCUCUCUAGUCGACAGCAAGGAUUUCUGGAAGCCGGUGAUCACUCCCUCGGAGCUGGAGCUCACGCUCCAGGGCGAUACCGAGCGGGUGUGGACUGGCGCCUGGCGGAGUGACUUCCAGAGCGUCCUCGAUCAAUCCCAGGAAGAGGCGGAGAAUGCGGACCCCGCGGCGGACGAGGCCGGAGAGAUGUCGGAGCCCGAGUCCGCCCCCCCGGAAUUCGACCUGCGCACCGGUCGGUAUGUCUCGCACUCCCGGCCCAUGCGGAAUGCUGCUGCACCCCGCGUUUCCGCUUCAUCAGCAGCAGAGGAGGCCGUAUCGGCCGCUAGUGGGCCGUCGGCCGCGCGCGCCUUAGCGAGGCGAGCCAAGGGCGAUAUUGCCAUGAUCGGCGGGACGUUCUCGCCAGGGGCGGAGUUCUUGCAAUCCCAGCGGACGUGGAAGGGUCUGGGAAGUGAUUUCGACAUCCAAUACGAGGAGGAAGAUGCGCCGGACAGCACGCUGGUGGUGGAAGGGCGCAAGGGAAUCGCAAGGGGAUAUACGGUGGGCGAGGAUGGUGAUCGACACUAGGAUAGAUAGUUAGACUUCUUGUGCCCUGGGCGGUGCACUCAAAUCAAGUUUUUUUCUUGUUGACUGGCUGUUGCGCUGGGCCGGUAGACAAUCCGGAUGUGACUGGUCAA